ACCGCUUCUCCAUUCCCCAGCAUCUCCAUCGCGUUCUCCACCACGCCGCCGGUUGGACCUCGCCCGCCGACGGGUGUGAAACACGGGCGGAGCCCGCCGGAGCAAGAGAGGGCGAAGCGCCGGUGCGUGAGCGAUUAGUUUGAUUCCUCUGCUCCCAGAGAAGACCACUUCUUACUUUCUUAGCUACUAAUUAGGCCCAAUUCCAGUUUUUCCACCAGUGCAGACCAGAACCAAGGAAAAGGGAAGCUGGAAGCAAGAUGGUUGGAUUGACAGCAAGUGCUUUGCUGGGGGUGAUGAACCCCGUCCUUAUCAAGCUCACUGUAUUGUUGGGAAAGGAGUUCGAGAGGUUUAAAGAUGUGCGAAAGAAGAUUGCUGACCUUCAAGAUGAGCUAGGCAGCAUGAAGACAGCCCUGGAGAUGGUGUCCGAGUCAGAGGGAAGCCAAGCCACAAGUAAAGGAAUGGAUGAGUCAGUUGAGGGAGCUGUCCUACGAUGCCGAGGACUGCAUUGACAAGUAUAUGCACAACCUCAGCCAUGGCGACACCAGUGAUGGCCUUACCCACAAGUUGACUGGCCUGGUUACUACUCUCAGGGCACGCCGUCGUAUCAGCAAUGAGAUCAAAGAACUGAUGGAACGUGCCCUAAAGGUUAGUGAUCGACAUAGGAGAUAUGAGCAGGGUCCAUCCAUGCCAUGCCCAAAUUCUGUGGUAAUUGACCCCAGAUUGCAUGCUGUCUUUGAGGAGGCAGAUAGGCUUGUCGGUAUUGAUAGGCAAAGGGACAAACUUGUCACCUGGCUCACAGAUCGCAUUGAUUUGCAUCCACAGCGGAUGGUUGUGUCAAUAGUUGGACCUGGAGGAUUAGGCAAGACAACACUUGCUAAUCAGGUCUUUCAAAAGAUUACUAGCCAAUUUGAUUGCACGGCUUUUGUGUCUGUAUCUCGAAGUCCUAAUGUGAAAAAGAUUCUCAGCGAUGCAUUCUUGCAAGUUCUUGAAAGCAAUAGAAACAAAACUGCUGAGCAAAGUGAAGAAAUUGCAAGGAUACAAGAUCUUGGCCAUGGAGGGUUAGACUAUCUACAACUUAUCAGCAGGAUGAGAUGCUAUCUUCAAAAUAAAAGGUAUUUUGUCAUAAUUGAUGAUAUAUGGAGCAAACAGGCUUGGAAAGACAUCCAAUGUGCCUUUCCCCAAGAUAGUAAUGCAAGUAGAAUAAUGACGACUACACGAAUUCAUGGAGUUGCUGAAUCAUGUAGCUUUCCACACAACAUCUAUGUUUAUCGUAUGAAGCCCCUCGAUAAUGAUGAUUCAAAGAGAUUAUUCAUGAAAAGAACAUUUGGACACGAAGAUGAUUGUCCUUUUGAGCUGAAAGAAAUAACCGAUGAUAUACUAAGGAAAUGUGAUGGCUUGCCACUAGCCAUAGUAAAUAUAGCUAGCCUACUAGCAACAAAACGACCCUCAAAGAAAGAAUGGGAGGGGGUACAUAAAUCAAUUGGUUCUGCAUUUGAACAAGACCAGGAGUUUGGAGUGGUAAAAAGUAUUUUGUUUCUUAGUUAUUAUGACCUGCCUUGCUAUUUGAAGACAUGUUUGUUGGAUCUAAGCAUAUUCCCAGAGGACCAUCAGAUUGAUCGACUGCGUUUAAUAAGGAGAUGGAUGGCAGAAGGGUUAAUUAUUGAACAAUACGGACGAAGCAUGGAGGACAUUGGAGAAAGCUACAUUAGUGAGCUUAUCAACAAAAAUAUGAUCCAGCCAGUGGGCAUUGACUACAGUGGUAGACCAAGAGCUUGCCGAGUACAUGAUAUAAUGCUUAGCCUUAUUGUAUCACUAUCAGCUAAAGAAAACUUUGCAACCAUAUUGGAUAAUCAAAAGCUGACACCUUCAGCACACAAGAUUCGACGCCUUUCCAUCCAUGGUAAUUGUGAAGAAAAGCUCUGGCAGAGCACUGAUGGCUUGCGCCAUACCCGGUCACUCAGUGUUUUCGGCGAUGCAAAGAAGAUCCCCCCUCUGUUGGACUUCCAAGUUCUACGGGUCUUAGAUCUAGAGAAUUUUACUAAUCUGGUGGAUGGUGACAUUGGAGAUAUUGGAUGUUUGAUACACUUGAGGUAUUCAAGUUUCAGUAACAUCAGCAAGAUCCCAAGACAAAUUGGGAAGCUACAACAUUUGCAGACACUUGACCUCAGAUGGACAACAAUAAGAGAAUUGCCAGGAACUGUGGUUCAGCUACGACAACUGGUGCACUUAUUUCUUCCUUAUGGUGUAGAAUUACCACAUGGGAUUGAUAGCAUGGUAUUUUUACAGGAGCUAUCACGCUUUUGUGUCGCGAGAAAUUCCGGAGAAGUUCUGCUACAGCUAGGUAAUCUAACCAAACUGAAGGUUCUUGGUGUUGAUUGGGAAUCUAAUGGUCAUUUUGAUGAUGAAACAAGCUCCAAGAAAUAUUUGGUAUCAUCCCUCUGUAAGCUGGGAGAAACAAACCUCCAAUCAUUAUAUAUUUCAGCUUGUGUGCCAUCUUCUCUGGAUUUCUUAGCUGACUCAUGGUUACCUCGUCCACUUCAACUUCAGAAAUUUAGCUCGAUCGGGGAUAGGCGCACCUGUUUAUCUAGGCUCCCAAAAUGGAUACCUUCCCUCUCAGAACUCACCUGCUUGCAGAUAUUGGUGGAACAAUUGAGAUCGGAAGACAUGCAGGCACUUAAAGGCCUGCCUACCUUGCUCUAUCUCAAUCUUUACACAAAGGAAUGCACACUGGAAACACUGACCAUCAGCAGCGGUGGAUUCCAGAGUCUAAAGGAGUUCGAUUUUGGUGCUUUUUCUGGGGGGCCGGGGCCGAUUUUUAAAGCAGGAGCAAUGCCAAGGAUCGAGAAGCUUCAUUUUGCAUUCACUGUCCAUGACGUGACUUAUGCAUACGGUGCUGGUUGCGAUUUUGGCAUCAGCCACCUUUCCUCCCUCAAGGGUCUCUGGGUCACUAUCGACUGUUUCAGUGCAAGGGCUUCGGAGGUGGAGACUGCUGAGGCAGCCAUCAGAAAUUCAGCUGCUCUCCUUCCUAACCAUCCAACACCAAAAAUCUAUAGAAUGGGUGAACGUGCAAUGGUAAAGGAGGAUGAAGAGUAAAGGAGUGGACACACAUGUGGCUCUGAAGAGCAGACGGUACUCUAAACAUGUUUGCUGCUCCAGUAUUUCUUCUUAUUGCGAUGUCACAGGUUUGGAUUACAACUGAAACAGGUGAUAUCAUUGCCAUGGUCGCACUGCUGUCAGGAUCGUUGAUUGAAGUAUCUAUCCAGGUUAUUGGUCAAAAACAUAAUGCAACUAAAAAUAGCCCAACCUACGUUGUACAGGUACUCUGUAAAUAUUUUUUUCUCAGCUUGGUUGUCCAAUUUUUUAACAAACUUCCUGCUUCUCCGUUCUUUAGCAAUAGUCUUGAGGAGUAGCUCAUAUAGUCAUAUGCUUGUUGACACAUCUUAUGUUGUUGAAUUUUUUUCCUGAACAAUAAUGCAGAAAGCCUGACUAAGCACGUGUUUAAGAAA